UUUUAAUCGGAUAUGACGUCAUGAAGCUAACAGUAGAUGUUUGACAUUGACAGGUGGAUGUAGGCGUAAAUGUCAAAAGAUCAAUUGUCGAAACUUGAGGAUAUCAAAACCAGCAGUGCAUACACUAUGACUCAUGGUUAUACUUGAAGAACAGGAUUCUGUGUGAUACGUCCAUGGGGGUCUUGCCGUCUUGUGUCUGUGUCACUUCAGUCUGCCUAUCAAGCCUUCUAAUAUUCAGCCUUGUUCAAACAGGAAGUUCCCGCUUGUCAAUCCGAAGAGUUGUUCCACUAGAAGGCAGGGAACUGACACUGGCAUGCAUACUGAGAGACCCGACUGAAUUCCCCACCUACAUGGAAUGGCGGAUAAAUCGCGACCCUCUCAUCGUCCUCAAGAGGAACAUGACGUACGCCUACAAGAGGAGGAGCAGGUUCGUGGCGGGAAUCGAGUACAAAUUCGUACCGCACGCCGACAUGAACACCAUCCCGCCCACACUGUACGAGUGCAUCGCGGUGAUCAGUGGCAAAACCACCGCCACCAACUACGAGCUCCAAGUAGCGAUCGUGCCCUCUGAUCCGAAGAUCACGUCAUCGAACGUGGUGCGUGCCGGCCAGCCGCUGAUCUUCACCUGUAGGUCUGACCGCGGCCAGCCGCAGCCCGAAUUGAGCUGGCAGAUCGGAUCGGUGUUGUACCCCGGGCAUCAGAGCGCGGUGCCUGACGUUCACAGGACGAUGUCGGCGACAAACUCACUGGCCAUAACGCUAGGCCCCAACGACCACAACAAGACUCUCACCUGUCACUGGGAGUACAAGUUCGAGGACAGGAAGAGAUCUGACUCACAGCUUCUAUACGUACAGUAUGUUCCGAUAGUGACGGUGCCCGUGCCAACUCACCGAUUCCUCCUGCAUGAACAGGCGUCUAUCGCGUGCCACGUACGAGCGGUGCCGCCUGCGCAUGUUGUGUGGAAGAAACAAGGAAUCCUUAUCCAGCUGAAUGACCGCAGAUAUUCCAACACACCUGAUACGACGUUGACCUUCAAUAAUGUGACGACCGCUGAUAAUGGAGCUUAUGUCUGCCAUGCGACAAAUACACUAGGAACUACCAGAAGCAAACAGAUCAGCAUAAUUGUCAUAUAUCGUCCAAUACUUUCAAUUGCACCCAAGAUGACGCUCAUCAAUGAAGGUCUGACAGUACAACUGAUGUGUAUCAUCGACGCAUAUCCUCCCUCAACAAGAUUGGUGUGGAAAAAAUACGUAAAUUUUGAGUGGAACAUAGUAGAGUGUUUUGGUCGAUUCUCCUGUGGGUCGUUAAAAUCUCCCAGCAUGAUGACCAUAAAACCCGUGCAUCGCGAUGAUGCAGCGGAGUAUGCCUGCGAAGUACACAACGAAAUCAACAGAACUCUGAGCUCACUAGUUCCGGUGAUUGUUACGUAUCGUCCGACACUCACUCUCACACCUAAACAGGUCUACAUCAACGAAGGAUCAAGUGUGCAGCUAAUGUGCACCAUCGAUGCAUAUCCUCCUGCAACCAAGGUUGUGUGGGAAAAGUAUAUAGACUCAAAGUGGGAUGUAAUAAAGUGUUCUGGUCGAUUCUCCUGUGGGUCAUUGGAAUCUCCCAGCAUGAUGACCAUCAAACCCGUGCAUCGUGAUGACACAGCUGAGUAUUCCUGUGGAGUAUACAACGAGAUAAAUGGAACACAAAGCUCAGAAGCCGAGAUCAUUGUUAGCUAUCGUCCGACACUCACUCUCGCACCUAAACAGGUCACCAUCAACGAAGGAUCAAGUGUGCAGCUAAUGUGCACCAUCGAUGCAUAUCCUCCUGCAAACAAGGUUGUAUGGAAAAAGUAUAUACCGGUAAACUCUAAGUGGGAUGUAGUAGAAUGUCUUGGUCGAUUCUCCUGUAGGUCGUUGGACUCUCCCAGCACCAUGACCAUCAAACCCGUGCAUCGUGAUGACGCAGCUGAUUAUGCCUGUGAAGUACACAACAAAAUAAACAAAACUCUGAGUUCACCAGCCCAGAUCAUUGUUACGUAUCGUCCAACACUCACACUCACACCUAAAGAGGUCACCAUCAAUGAAGGAUCAAGUGUGCAGCUAAUGUGCACCAUCGAUGCGUAUCCUACAGCAACCAAGGUUGUAUGGAAAAAGUAUAUAAACUCAAAGUGGGACGUAAUAGAGUGUUCGGAACGAUUCUUCUGUGGGUCGUUGGAAUCUCCCAGCAACUUGACCAUCACACCUGUGCAUCGUGAUGAUGCAACUGAGUAUGUCUGUGAAGUAUACAAUGAAGUAGACAGAACGCUGAGCGCACAAGUCUCUGUAUUUGUUACUUAUCGUCCAACAGUCAUCAUUACACCUCAUCAUAUCACCAUCAGAGAAGGGUUAAAUGUUGAGCUGAUGUGUUCCAUUGAUUCGUACCCUCCCCCAAAGAAGGUGAUGUGGAGAAAGUAUAUCAACUUAAACCAGAAGACAUUGGUGUGUUCUGGUCGAUUCUCCUGUGGGUCGUUGGAAUCUCCCAGCAACUUGACCAUCAAACCCGUGCAUCGUGCUGAUGCAGCUGAGUAUGCCUGUGAAGUAGACAACGGAAUAAACACAACACUGAGCUCCCGAGUUCGAGUGACUGUUAUAUAUCCCCCAACACUGACGAUUACACCCGAAUUGGUCCGCAUACAAGAAGGACUGGAUGUGCAGCUGAUGUGCUCCAUUGAUGCAAACCCACCUGCAACUAAGAUUAUAUGGAAGAAAUAUGUGAACUCUGACGCACAAACGAUAGUGUGUUCCGGUCGAUACUUGUGUGGACCAUUAAGAUCUCCCAGCUUGGACGUUAUGACCAUCAUGCCUGUACAUCCUGAUGAUGCAGCGGAUUAUGCCUGUGAAGUAUACAAUGAAAUUAACAGCACGUUGAGCCUACGAGCUCGAAUAUUGGUCUCAUAUGUAAUGCAGACAUGCAACACAGAUGGUCAAACAGAGACCUCUGGCAAAAUCUUUGAACAAUCCACAUCACAACUGCAUAAUCAAGAAAUUGAAUCUGAUCGGCCAGGUUCAGAUCCCACUACAUCUGCGAAGAGAGACCUAAAAUGUGAUCAAAACAUGGAUGAACUGUUAGAAUAUAGGAUCUCUGAAUUCCGUGCAAAAAUUACAAAUCAUCAGAGAGAACUGGAAAUUAUGGACACUGAACACGAUCUUAGAAUGGAAUUGUUGCAGUUGCAACUACAAAAGGAAAAAGAAAAUGCACAAUGAAUUAUCUUUGUUAAUAAUUGUAUAUUUUCAUUGCUGUUGCAAAGCCUGUUACUUUGUAAAUAUAUAUAUAUAUAUG